AUGGCCUCCGCCCUCCGCCCUUCUCUUCGACCGAAUCACCUACCCAGCUUACCUUUGCCCUUUCCCACCUCAACGGCCACCCCCACCAUCGUAACAUAUAUCUGCCAAUCGUGCCGGCAUGCCCGUCUCCUCAAACGCCCGAAACGACCCUACACAUUCACUCAACUCGUAACCCUCUCUGACGGAAGCGCUUUCACUAUACGCACUACAUCACCAAUCCCCGUGUACAGAUCCACGCGCGACACACGAAACUCGGCUCUCUGGAACCCAACCUCGAAGGAAUUGCUUAGUGUCGAAGAUGACGAAUCGGGCAGACUAGCUGGGUUUCGUGCGCGGUUUGGAACGGGCUUCGAUAGCAAAAAGGAGACAGUCGCCGUCAAGAGUCCGAGCCCGAGCGUCGAUACUGUUAGCACUGCUGCACCUGCUCCGCCACAGGCUGGGAUUGCGAUACCAGGAGAGACCAGAGCCCCGACUAAAGAGCCAAUAUUUGAAGAUGAACAGAACAAUUUUGAAGAAGACGAUGUCAAUUUGUUGGAUUUGAUUAGUUCGUUUGGUCGAGAAAAUACUGAACAGAGCCCAUCGCCAAAGGAGGCACCAAGUCAAGGUCCAACACCGAAAAAGGCCGGGAAGAAAUAA